AUGGGGUGUAAACAGUCGAGAGUUGUGAGAAAAGGGAGCCGCGAACAACUAGAGAAAUGCAGAGAACGCAGGGCCGAUAUUAACCAACUUUUGCAGAGAGCGGAGCAGGACAAACUGAGGGAGCAGCCGGAAAACCGAAAAGUUGAGAAAGAGACACCGGACGGAAGGAAAGUCGCCGAGGGUCUGUUUCGAGAUGGAGAGGUUUUGAGGGAACGGAUGCGUACGUCCAUUUGGGAAAACCAGGAGCGUAUCGCUCAACUUAAAGAGUUGAAGGCGAGAGCAGAGAAGGGCGAGGUUAGUGACGACGACGAGGAAAGUGAAAACCAGCAACUUUUGCCGGAGACCUGCGGACAGGCACCGAAGGAAGGCAUUCCUAUCAGCGAAGUGUGUAUGGCUGAAGGUACAGAGGUUAGAGGAGAAGGGUUGGAAAACUGCGCACAGACCAGUACUUUGUCUGAGGUUCCGCUCAAACCUACCGCAGCAGAGAGGGAGGCAUCACUGACCGAAGGUAUAGUAGAGAGGAACCGUGCGCUCGAAGCCGAGGUCCAACGCGUUGUGCUCGAACUGCACCAAACCAAACAGGCGUUUAAAGGGGAAGUCGAGUCACUUAAGACUCAAAACAGGGAAUUAACGCAAGAAUUGGAGGGGUAUAGGUCAAAGUCAGAGGGAGAAAAGGCCCGCAUGCGGACUGAACUGGAAUCACUUAAAUUUGAUUCUCUGCGGUUCGAUAGAAGUGUAGAGACAGAUACAUACAAAUUAGAAGUAAAAAAUGCACAUUUAUUGGAUCAGUUGGAGUGCUACAAGACGGACCUCGAGGACAUAAGGCGGGAAUCUGGGUUGACCAUCGGAAUGUUUAAAUGCAAGAUCGACUCUCUGGAGAAAUACGCUUCGAAUCUGGAACAGAAACAGCAAAGUGUCCAGACAGAGGUACAGUCACUCCGAGCAGAGAACUUAGAGAUGAAAGAAGCCCUAAGCUCUAACGGUAACGAACUGGUCAGGCUAAGACAGAAAGUGGAUGAGACAGAGAGGCGAGAACAGUCUCUUCAAAACACGGUGAGCAGCCUUCAAUCUGAAAAGAGAGAUUUGUCUGAGGAUCUGCUAAGAACAAAGUCUCGCUUGAAUUGGAUUCAAAACACAGGGUUCGACUGUGAGUAA